AUGGGCUUGGGCAACCUGGGGCUCUCCUCUUACUUAUUUGUGAUUCUGCUUUUGCAGUUUUCUUUUUCUGAGUGCCAGAUGGUAAAGAGUCCUUGUCAUUUAGAAAGAGAGUAUAGGCCCACAUACAGAAAGGAAGGGGACUUAGUCAUAGCAGGUUUCUUGUCCUUGUUUCUGAAGAAUGAUCCUCCUGUUAAAAAGACGUUCUUCAAACACCCUCCUUUCUGGACUGGUGCAAAUACACGGGUAAUGCUCAAACAUUACCAACAUUUUCUCAUUUUUCAAUUUGCUGUGGAUGAGAUCAACAAGAACCCCCAUUUGCUGCCCAACAUAACCCUGGGAUACCAGUUGUUCAAUAACUUCCAUAACAACAAACUAGCUGUGGAAAACUCCUUGAUAUGGUUGUCAGGGAGAGGCCCAACCAUCCCUAACUACAGCUGUGACAGGCAGCCCAAAUCAGUGGCUGUCAUUGGCGGGAUGUCAUCUUCAUUGUCCAUGUCUAUGGCCACUAUUCUAAAACUUUAUAAAGUCCCACAGAUCAACUAUGGCCCAUUUGAUCUUCUCCUGACUGAUAAGGCCCAGUAUCCGUAUGUCUAUCAGAUGGGCAGCAGGGAAGCCACUCUGCAUCUUGCAGUCAUCCAAUUGAUGCUCCAUUUUGACUGGACUUGGAUUGGCCUGAUUCUUUCUGAUAACACAAGAGGUGAAUAUUUCUUCAAUCAGCUGAAAGAGGAAAUGGUCAGGAAUGGUCUGUGUGUGGCUUUUAAGGAAAGUGUUCCCACAAUCUUUGACACUGAAAAUAUUGAAGCUAUCAAAUUCUUUUUCAGGAUCAUUGUGUCAUCAUCAAAUGUGAUUUUCAUUUAUGGAGAUGCAGAGUGUUUUCAAGAAUUUUCUAUCGAAAUGAUUGAUUUUGUGCUGUAUGGAAAGAUGUUGGUCACUACCUCUUCCUGGGACUUUUCUGUAGGUUCUAAUUAUGAAAUAAUUAACCAUUAUCAUGGUACAAUAAUAUUUUCUCCUUCCAAGAUUGAGGUUCCUGGUUUCACAGAUUUCCUAAGAAGCUUGAAUCCCAGUGUGAACCCCGAAGACAUUUUCCUAAAGACUUUCUGGGAGUUAGUCUUUAGCUGUAAACUUUCAGAAGGAAGUCCUGUAGAAAUGAUACAUUCUUUAUGCCAAGAACAUUUGUCCUUGGCACAUUUACCUCGUGUAGAUUUAGACAAACACAUAAUUGAACAGAGUUCUUAUGUUUACAAAGCAGUGUAUUUAGUUGCCCAGGCUCUCCAUCAAAUGCUACACACAACGGAAAAAGAGACAAUAGAACUUGGAGCGAACCCAGUUGUUUCUUGGAAGCUUCACCACUUCCUGAAGUGCAUCAAGCCUGUCAAAAGUGUCAGCGAUGAGUCAUGUGGAGAUGGAUCCAGGAUGACUGCUGAGAAAUACGAUAUCUUGAAUUUUAAAUCCUUCCCUGACAGAAUUGAGGCACUGGUAAAAGUAGGGGAGGUUAUCCCUCAUUAUCAGGGACUCAGCAUUAAUGAAGCAAACAUAGAUUGGCCAGAAGAUUUCUCUCAGACUCCAAGUUCCAAAUGCAGCCUGAGCUGUGGCCCUGGAUUCAAGAAGACAAUCCGUGAAGGCCAGCCCAUCUGCUGCUUUGACUGUACCCCAUGCCCUGAAGGGGAGAUUUCCAACCAGACAGAUGCAGAGCAGUGUCUGCAGUGCUCUGAAUAUCAAUACCCAAGCAAGGAGAAGGAUAGAUGCCUUGACAAGACUGUGACCUUCUUGGCCUAUGAAGAACCUCUUGGAAUGACUCUGGCUUGUCUAGCUCUCUGCUUCUCCCUCCUCACUACUCUGAUCCUUACAGUCUUUGUGAAGCACAGAGACACCCCCAUAGUCAAAGCCAAUAACCGCAGUCUCAGCUACACUCUUCUGAUCUCCCUCAGCCUCUGCUUCCUCUGCUCUUUGCUCUUCAUUGGCCGUCCCAACACAGCCACUUGUCUCCUGCGUCAAACCGCAUUUGCAGUUGUGUUCACAGUAGCGAUUGCCUCCAUCUUGGCCAAAACCAUUACUGUGGUUCUGGCCUUCAAGGCCACAAAUCCAGGGAGCAAGCUCAAGAGGUGCCUGGGCUCCACUGCAUCAUAUUCUCUUAUUUUGAUCUGUACUCUAAUCCAAAUGUGUCUAUGUGGCAUCUGGCUUGGGACAUAUCCCCCAUUCCUGGAGGUAGAUGUACACUCUGAGCCUGGCUUCAUUGUCAUUCAAUGUAAUGAGGGCUCCAUCAUUUCCUUCUACUGUGUCCUGGUUUACCUGGGCUUCCUAGCCUUGGGGAGCUUCACCAUGGCUUUCUUGGCCAGGAACCUGCCAGACACUUUCAAUGAAGCAAAGUUCAUGACAUUCAGCAUGCUUGUAUUCUGCAGUGUCUGGAUAUCCUUUCUGCUCACAUAUCAGAGCACCAAAGGGAAAGCCAUGGUGGCCAUGGAAGUCUUUUCCAUCCUGGCCUCCAGUGCUGGGAUUCUCAUUUGCAUCUUUGCUCCCAAGUGCUAUGUGAUCCUUCUGAGGUCAGACAGAAAUACCCUGCACAUACUGAAAAUCAAAGCUAAUACAUCAGAAGCAAUUUGUUCUCAGCUCUUCCUCACAAAUCACAUGAAGUAG